AUGGCCGCACCAGGCGCCGGCACCGGCGGCUGGCGCGCCUCCAGCUCGCGAGCCCGCCGCGCGUCCGCGGCGGCGGCGGAGUCUAAUGAGAACGAAGACCUUGCCGCCGCGUCCUCUUCCUCGUUCGCCCUCGCCCCCGCUCCGCAUUUCUCGCUGCCCCCGAGGUCGCCGCUCGCGGCCAUCGCGGAUCCCGGGCGGAACCCUCGUUCCGCGCCGGCGACGCCCAAGUCGCUGGCCGGCACGCCCAGGGCCUCCGCGGCGGGGUCGGGGGCCAGGGACCGGACCUCAUCGGUUGGGGCGGCGAAGAGGGUGUUCGAUCUGAGGGAUGUCGCGGCCGCGGAGGUGCCCCUGGAGGUGCCGCACUUCGAGCUCGACGAGGACCCCGCGUUCUGGAAGGAUCGCAAUGUGCAGGUUCUGAUACGGAUAAGACCAAUUAGUGAUGCCGAGAAUGCUACUCAUGGUCAGAAAAGAUGCUUGCUGCAGGAUAGCUCAAAGACAUUGAGCUGGACAGGACAUCCGGAAACCAUGUUCACGUUUGACCAUGUUGCAUGCGAAACAAUAUCACAGGAAAAGCUAUUCAGAGUUGUGGGUCUGCCAAUGGUGGAGAACUGCAUGUCAGGAUACAAUGGUUGUCUGUUUGCCUAUGGUCAGACGGGAAGUGGGAAAACUUACACAAUGAUGGGAGAACUUACAAAGUUGGGCAAUGAGCUUAGUAAGGAUGCUGGCUUGACACCUCGCAUUUUCAAAUAUCUUUUUCGACGGAUAAAUGAGGAAGAAGAGCGCCGGAGAGAAGAAAAGCUUAAAUAUAUCUGCAAAUGCUCUUUUCUAGAGAUUUACAAUGAACAAAUAACUGAUCUACUUGAACCCUCGUCAACCAAUCUUCAGAUCCGUGAAGAUAUAAAGAAAGGUGUAUAUGUUGAAAAUCUAAUGGAAUGUUAUGUGUCAUCUGUUGAAGAUGUUAUGUUGCUAUUGCUACAGGGGGUUGCAAACAGGAAAAUGGCUGCCACAAACAUGAACAGCGAGAGCAGCCGCUCACAUAGUGUUUUUACUUGUGUAAUUGAGAGUCGUUGGGAAAGUGAUUCGAUGACACACCUCCGAUUUGGGAGGUUGAAUUUAGUUGAUCUUGCUGGUUCUGAGAGGCUUGUUAUUAUGACUCUAGUGGAUGUUGCAAAUGGGAGAAGCCGUCAUGUUCCUUACAGAGAUUCAAGGCUUACAUUUCUCCUUCAGGCAAAAGUAAAUGAAGACGCUUCAGGAGAUGUUAUGGCUUUACAAAGGCAGAUAGAGGAACUAAAGGAUCAACUGACAUGCUUGAAGAAGCAAAAAGAUUGUCCUGGAUCACCUAGCUUGUUGCUUAAUUCAGACUUUACCAAUGAAUUCAAAACUUCAUGUGGAGUAGAUGAUCAACUAGACUGUGAUCUGAAUAUCCUAAAGCAAAAGGUUAGCCAUCUAGAACAUGUCUUGGCUGGGAGCCUUAGGAGAGAGAAAUCAGCAGAGACCAAGAUUGGGAAGCUGGAAGCAGAAAUACAGCACUUGAACCGUUUGGUCAACCUGAUGGAGUCUGACGCACAGCGCUUGAGGAAGAGGCUCGAACUUCGUGGUGAAAAACAAAGAUUACACUCGAUUGGUGAAAAUGCUGCAUUGUCCCAGGAGAUUCAGUUGUUGCAAGAACAAAUCAAUGAAAAUCCUCAAUUGACUCACUUCGCGUUGGAAAACAAGAGAUUGAUUGAGGAACUUACAACAACUUCUACAAGCAAGGGAAAGAGAGAUGUUAUUGACAGAGAUAUCUCUUUAUGGAAUCAUUUCCUUCAUAUCCUUGAGCAGAAAUACGCAGCAGCUCCUAAAAAUGUAGAAGCUCAGGGUGAUGAGCUCAUCAAGGAGCUUGACAAUUGCAGGAAGGAACUGGAUGCAUGCUUAGAAAACAAUGUUCUGUUAGCUCGUGAAGAUCAAGCCAAGCAGAAUUUUUCAUACUUGUCAUCGGAUGAUGUUAACAAGCAGUUCAUGCAAGCAGGGAUCACAACUAAUAUUUCAGAAUCAUUCCAACUUGAAUUACCUUAUGAAAUUGACAGUGAAGAUCCGGAGUCUCCUCAUUUGCAUGAUCCAGAAACACACGACUUUAGGGAUCCUACAAUAGCGUCAGAGUAUGAUGGUGUAUUGUCUGAGUGCUUCAACUUAGCUAUGGGGUCUUCACAUGAUGUACUUGACAAAAGCACUAUUCUGACUGAGCUGAAUUUUCUAGAGAAGGAUGACACUUGUCAUGUCCAUGAAAAAGCUCCAGUGAGGGGUAUACAUUUGCAUGAUGAGACUUUAUUGUGCCAAGAGAUUGAAAUAGUGAACUCAAGUAAACAUCUAUCACAGGAUGAAUUGGAAAACCUUAAAAGAACAAAUCAAGAGCUCAAAGAGAAGCUGUUUAUUAUGGCUGAAGAAAGUAAUAAGCUUUCAGAGAUUAUUGUUGCAAAAGAUGUAGAAAUUGCUUCUUUAUCUGAAGAAUGGGAGGCUGCAAUUUUUGAUCUAACAAGCUUCUUAACAGAUGGAUGUAGAUCACUGGAUGAUGCAUAUCAGAACAUUGAUAAUAUGAUUAGCUCAUUUCCUCACAGUAACAGUUCUGUAAGUGAACAUGUGGAGAAGGCUAUGAAAAUUAGCAUUGAGAAAGAAAAGAUGAUAUUCAAACUUCAAAAUGAACUACAAACUGCGCAGAAAAUUGGCAGGGAAGUGAAGGAAAAGCUGCAUAUUUUAAGAGGUGCAACUCUUGCUAUAACUGAAGCUCAGCAGUUGGAUAAUGAAGAAAGCUCUCAGGAAGAACUACAGCUAGUAGGUUUAUUGCACCAAAAGGAUUGUAUAAUACAAGAACUAAAGAACAAUUUGAAAGCAGAAAAUUGUGUCUUUGCAGAAAGAGCUAAAGGACAUUCUCGUGAUGACCUAGUGUUGCCUGAUAGUUCAGUUGACAUGAUUGAGGAAUUGCCUCGUGAUGAAAAUCAACCAGCAGCUAGUCAAGUUAAUCCAGAUUACCAGUCAAAGCUUGAUAGUGUGAUGCAUCUUGUUGAAGACAAAUCAAAUAAGGUUCUGACCUUAUUUUCAAAUUUUGAGGCAGCUCAAGAAACCAUGGAAGAGGCUGAACUUAUGCUUUCAGCUUUGUUGAAGGCCAAUGAAGAAUUAAAACUUGAGAGAGAUAAUUGCAGGCAAGCUGUGGAAUUGUUGUUGUCUGAGAAAAGUUCUCUGAUCGAGAUGACAAAGCUUGCUACUAUAAUAAGGAAGUCGUUUCAGCAAAUUCAAAGUUUUUCCAUGGUAGAACUCUUUGCUCUUUGCUCAGAGAUUAUUACUUUUGGCCAAGACUUGAAAGGAUGUAUAAUUGAUUCAAGGUCAUAUAUAGCGAACAUGGUAUCACUUAUAGAAGAAAAAGGCAGAUCUACAGAGCAGUUCCAUCACCUAAAUGCAAAUGCUUGUGGGUCUGCUUGCCAACAGGUAGAUUCACAUUCAUGCCAGUGGGGUAGCAGCAAACCUUCUCAAUCUGAUUAUAGUGCAGAAUAUGCAUCACUCAGAAGAGAAUUUGACAGGAAGAGCAAUGUUGUAGAAGGAUUGUCUUUUGAUCUUAAACUACUGCAAGAGUCUACCUCAAACGCAAAAGAUAUGAAAGAUAAAGCUGAUGAAAUAUCUACUGCCCUUAGCAAUGUUCAAAGAGAACUAGAUAUGAAAACUUCUACAAUAGAAACCAUGUUGAAAAAACAAAAGGUACUUGAGGAAGAACUGGCUGAAAAUGGUGCCAGACUCAUUAUUUUAAGAUCAGAGUUAGAGCAUUCUCAAAGUUUAUCAUCAGCGUUAUUAAAGGAGAACAAAGGUCUGAGAGUGAUGUUGGAAGAUGAAACUGUGAAGAAUAGUGAAACAAAAGUGCUGUUGGAAGAAAAAGUUAAGGUCAUAGAGGGAUUGGAGAGCCAAAUACUAUUGCUAAAUCGUUCUGAAGUGGGGCAGUUGAUGUCAGAUAUUGAAGAAUUAAAUAAUAGCAUUAAAAUAAUGAGUAGUGACAGAGAAAAUCUCCAGGCAGAGAUAUUUAAGUUAAGGGACAAGCUUGAGAUGGCAAUGGCUUUAGCUGAGGAAAAUGAAGCUGCUGCUAUUGAAGCUCGUCAAACUGCAGAGAUUAGUAAAAUCUAUGCUGAGGAAAAAGAGGAGGAGGUUAAGAUUCUUGAACGAUCUGUCGAGGAACUUGAAGGAACAGUGACUGUUCUUGAGGAAGAGGUAUGCAACCUUAAAGAGGAAGUAAGGAGCCAUCAAGUACAUAAACUAUCUGAAGCCCACUUUCAAGCUUUUGAUGACAUGCUUGCUGUAGAAAAAGCAUCAAAAUGUGAUGCUGCUGAGGAAUCGUGUCAAGGGAAAUGUCAUCUAGAAAAGAGAUUGCAAGCUGAGAUUCUUGCACAUAAAGAUGUCAGAAAGAAGAUUGAAGGUCUCAAAUUGGAAGCAAAACGUAAAGAUGAUGAGAUUGGACAAUACAAAGAGCAUAUUGCUGAGUUGGUCCUGCAUUCAGAAGCACAGUCUUUGUUGUUUCAGGAGAAGUACCAUGAAAUGGAGCACAUGGUUUCUAGACAGAAGUUUGGUCCGCAUGAAUCUAGUUCUGAGACUGUCCAUGCCAAAACUGAAAAGCCUUCAGGGCGAGCAAGAGGAUCCAGCUCCCCUUUCCGGUGCAUAUCUAGCAUUAUUCAACAAAUGAACUCUGAGAAGGAUCAAGAAAUCUCGGUGGCACGCCAACGAAUUGAAGAACUGGAAGGUUUGGUUAGUUGCAAACAGAAAGAGAUAUGCUUGCUAACAUCAAGACUAGCUGCUGUGGAUACCAUGACACAUGAUAUUAUAAGAGAACUACUUGGUGUCAAACUAGACAUGACAAACUAUGCUAAUUUGGUUGACCAAGAAGAGGUGCAAAAGUUGCUGAUAGCAUCCCAGCAACAAAUUGAACAAUCAAAGGCGAAGGACACAGAACUUGAAGCGUUGAAAGAACAACUUGGUCUUCUCAUUCUGGAAAGGGACAGCUUGCUUGAUGACAUGGACCAAAGAAAGACGGACCUAUUAGAGGCCCAACUGCUCGUUGAACAGCUUGAGCAACGGGAGCAGAUGCUGGAAGCGCAGAUUGAAAUGUUACAGUUGGAGAAAGACAACCUUCAACAGAAGACCAUGGAGAUGGACGAGACAAUUGAACUUCUAGCCAGAUCAAACCAACAAGAUAUAAAUCCAAGAAUGGUGAAGUACCUUCACUAUAAAUGCUCACGUUCAGCAGUUAAUUGUGGGCUUCUGAUGACCAGAACAUUUCUACAGGGGGAUAACCACCAUCGCGGCAGCAGUGAGUUCAGCAGGCGGCUAGCUCAGUCCGACAUGCUCCUCUCCCAUGCGAGGCAUGAACAUUCUCGCCGGCAUGCGGCCGGAAGCUCGAGGACGCACCAUGGCCGGCAUCGGUGA